CUCCAACCAUUCAAAAGAGAUCGCCACCUCGUCCGAGUGGUUGUCACACCAGGUGGCCAUCCCCUUCAUUGUAGUAGGACGAUUCUUGAGUUUCUAGUCGUAAUAGGAGACUACAUCGUGGCUCACCGGCGUCUUUACAUUGAAAAAAAGAUUAUUCACUGCGACAUAUCUGAGGGAAACAUCGUCUCAAUAAGUCCAAAUGGGAACAAUAGCUUACACAAAAUGUUGAUUCACUUUGAUCAUUCUAUCUCACUCAAUGACGAUCUGUAA